GAUUUGUUUAAAAGGAGGAGCAACCAAAAAAAGAGCAUAAGGGAUAUUAUGCUAGGGCUUAUACCAGCCAUUAGUUCUGAUUACUGGGGAGCUUUUGAGGAGCAAAAUGGCAGUGAUGAUUGGAAUCGCUUUCAGAGUUUCUUGGCUUUGUUACCUGCUAAUUGGCGGGAUAACCUGUUCUACAAGUGAUGGGUAUCCUGCACCAGAUUCUGAUGCAGCAAGGCUUUAUACAGGCCCACUUAGGUCAAAAGGAUAUGGUAAUUACAACUCUCCUACAGCUCAAUUGCAAGCGCAGCUGACCGAAGAGCAACAGAAACAUCUGGAAGCCAUCCUGCAAAAUCAACUGGCCCCCAUGCCCCAGGCACCUCAGAAAAUGUGGUAUCCAACUCAAAUGCCCCAGCAGGAAAAGCAACCGGCCACCGUGACCCAACAGCAGACGCUACCGGCCAGUUAUCCUAAGCAGCCUCAAGCAGUGUUGUAUCCAGCUAAAAUGCCCCAAAAGCAACCAACCGCUGAACCUCAGUGGCAUCCAGCCAAAUUUAUCCAGGAGCAACCAGUCCCUAUGCGUCAACUGCAGAAGGAACUGACCGCCAUUCCACCACAACUGUGGCAACCCGCUCAAAUUCCCCAGCAGCAUAAGCAACCGGCUGCCAAGCUUCAGCUAGUGUGGCAACAGGCCCCCAUUCCCCAGCAGCCUCAUGAUGUUUGGUAUCCAUCUAAAAUGGUCCAGAAGCAACAAGCAGCUGCAACUCUGCGGCAGAAGGAACUGACCACCAUGCCUCAAGAGUGGCAUCCAGCUCAAUUUCCCCAGCAGCAGAAGCAACCAGCCCUAAUGCUUUUACCGCAGAAGGAACUGACCACCAUGCCCCCGCAAGUAUGGCAUCCAGCUCAAAUGCCCCAGCAGCAAAAACAACUGGCCACCAUGCUGCAGAAGCAACCAGCCCCAAUGCCUCAACCACAGAAGCAACAGGCCACCAUGCCCCCGCAAGUAUGGCAUCCAGCUCAAAUGCCUCAGCAGCAAAAGCAACCAGCUACUGAACCUCAUGACGUGUGGUAUCCAGCUAAAAUGGUCCAGAAGCAACAAGCAGCUGCAACUCGGCAGCAGAAGGAACUGACCGCCGUACACCAGCAACCUCAGCAAGUGUGGUAUCCAGAUAAAAUUCCCAGAACCAACCAACCACUGAACCCCAGCAGCAGAAGCAACCGACCGCCUUGGCCCAGCAAGCAUGGUAUCCAGCUCAAAAGCCCCAGCUGCAGAAGCAACCGGCCGCUGAACCUCAGCAGCAAAUUGAACCGACCGCCAUGCCCCAGCUACCUCAGCAAGUGUGGCAUCCAGAUCAAUUUCUCCAGGAGCAGAAGCAACCAUUCACUAUGCAUCUACCUCAGAAGGAACUGACCGCCAAUCCACCACAACUGUGGCAAUCCGCUCAAAUGCCCAAGCAGCAUAAGCAACCGGCUGCCAUGCUUCAGCAAGUGUGGCAUCGGGCACAGAAGCAACUGGCCCCUAUGCCCCAGCAGCCUCAUGACGUGUGGUAUCCAGCUAAAAUGGUCCAGAAGCAAGUCGCUGCGGUGACCGCCAUGCCGCAUACGCAUCAGCAAGUAUGGCAUCCAGCUGAAUUUCCCCAGCAGCAGAAGCAACCGGCCUCCACGCCUCUACCGCAGGAGCAACCGACCGCCGUACCCCAGCAAGUGUGGUAUCCAGCUCAAAUGUCACGGCAGCAACUGGCCUCCAUGCCUCUACCGCAGAAGCAACUGAACGACGUGCCUCAGCAAGAGUGGCAACCAGCUCAAAUACCGCAGAAGCAACCGGCUGCUGAACCGCAGCAGAACGAACCGGCCACCAUACCCCAGCAAGUGGGGUAUCCAGCUCAAAUGUCCCAGCAGCGGAAGCAACACACUGCCAUGCCACAGCACCAACUGACCCCCAUGCCUCAGCAAUUAUGGCAUGUAGCACAAAUGCCCCAGAAGCAACUGGCCCCAAUGUCUCAGCAGAAUCACUACGAAAGCACUGAAGAUGGUGACUCUAGUAGCACUCAGGCCAGCAUCGUUGAACAGUCGGGUGUCAUCCCAAUCUAUUCCUACAGUUCCAAAUCGCACUACGAGAAUGGCAGGACUGUAUUCUCCCUAACCCGCUACACUCCUAGGGAGGCUAUGCCUGUUGACAGUGGAAAUGCUCCCAAGGACAGUUUUGUUCGUACUGGUGCACCAAGUGUAUAUCCAUCACUAGUGAAGGAUUCUGCAAGGAAAAUGUAAUGGAUUCAUCCUCUAGACGCUAAUGGAAGUGUCUGGUGCUCUUGCAACUCAAGCGUGAGGGAGUACAUGAACAGUUCUACUUUCAAAAUGCCUGGUGUCUUUGAAAUAAUGGUUCUCGUGUCCAUUGCUUGCUAAUUGAGAACAGGUGGUGUGCAGUCUGCAGUAAAAAUGACUGCUCAGUUAAUUCUUUGGUUUUCUAAUCUUUUACCUUUGCUACUGGUUGUUCAAAAUAAAAGCUUGGGUCUACAUUUGUUAA